AGCUUUGAUAAAGCGAACAAGUCGAACAGAAUAUAAACAUAUUAACAUUAAUUUUAAUUUAUUUUUGGAAGUUUUUAUAAAACAAAAUUUAAACUGGUCAAACCUACAGCCCCCAAGGUCCCAUUGCAAAUUCUUUACAACACACCAGAUCAAGCUAUUAAUAAUUCAACUGACUCCACAGUCAGUUACAAUCUAAUACAGAAGAAAGAAAAUAAACCAAAAUGUUGAAAGUCCACGAUCUGUAUGGACAAUCUUUUGCCCACGAGUUUCAGUUUACGAAUCCGGACUCCAUAAAAAAUGCUGUUAAACGUUAUAACUUGCAAAGAGCCGCAGAAAGAGAUGAGUACAACCGGGACAAGGAAACGCACAAGAUGAACAAAUUGCGAUUCUGUAAGAUGCGCAAUAGUGGCAACGAUGUGCUUGGCAUGGUCACGUCCCGGGAUCUCGAUGUGGAGACACAAAUGUCCCUGGCUACCAAGGACACCACCACGAGCAGUGUCAGCAGCAGAAAAAGCAGCAGAACCGUCAGCAGAACCGCCAGCAGUCAAAGUUGUAGUGGCAGUACCAGCUACCAUGAGAUCGAGGCGCCAAUUAUGGAGCGUUUGGCGGGCGGCGCGGAUACAGUGAAGCCUCGCGGCAAGCCCCGAGCGAAGACGCUGCGCAGCCGUAAACAAAAGCGUGGAGCAACCAAGCAAAACAAGGUGGCAACUCCCAAAGUGAAUAUGGAUGAUGCCUAUGCGGCGCACAUUGAGGGACUGCAUCGUGAGGUCUGCGCCGAGUUGCAGGACAUUGCUCCUGCCGAGCUGCAGGGCAGCUUCACACAGCGCUCCAAGUCGAAGGCAUGCCACAACCAAAAGAAGAAGAAAAUUCAGCAACCUCUUAAAAACAAACCCAAAACCAAAGUCAAUUCCAAUGGCAAUGCCAACCCUAAACCAGAGAAGAUUGUGCCGCAGCAAUUGGAGCAGGACAAGAUAAUGGAACGGCUGAAGCAGGUGCUGAGCGUCAGUGAGCAAAUGCAACAGGAUGCCAAGCAAAUGUCCUACCAAGAUUACCGUGAGUCCCAAGCUCAGUGGCAGGACAUUAUUCCAACGCCGUUGAUGCCACAGAUGAUGAAUGCGGAUCUGUGUCGGGCAUUGAAUACAACACCCUCGAUGGCCUGUCUGUUUAUGCAACAACAUGGCCUACCCUGCGGCAUGGAGGCAGAGCCACCCUUUGUGGAGGACAGCGAUCUAGAGCAGGAAAUUGCUGAUCGUCCCGGCUAUAUGCGCUAUAUCGAAAGGUUACCCUAUAAUCCGAGCGAUGCUUUGGACACGCCCAGCUCACAGAAUGCCUGCUUUGAGGAACUCGAACCGCAUCCACAUUGGAUACGAUUACAGCGUAGUCUGAAACCCAUGCAUUAUACAUCCCAGAGAUCGGAUACGGAUACACUGACCUUAUGCGAUACACAGGAACAGGCAGAGAAGACAGGACAAGCCUUCAAGCGGCCGAAAACAAAGCCGGUGAAUCAACAGCCGCCUCAUCCGAAGAAAAGUCGCCCAAAAGGCGGACAGCAAGUGGUGCGACAACCCGGCGAAAGGGAAAAUCAAAUGCAGAUCGCUCUGUUGUCAAACUUGACUCCAACGACUCCGACGAGCACGGUUGCCAAUGCCACUGGUAGUCUGAACAUGCAACGGCGACGCAAGAGCAACGGACGCAACGUGAUCUGCACCAGAUCCCUGGAGAAUCUCAAGUACGAAAAGAUGGCUAUAUACAAUAAGAUCUCGUUAACCCAAGAACGCAUCAUUACGGCCCUGGAUCGCCUGCAAGGGAAACUCUUGCAGCUUCAGAUGCCAACGUGCAGCAAUCAGGAAAAGCAGCGACGAGAGAGAAAUGCUUUUAAAUUCUGUGUGAAGUUCUCUCGCAACUUUCUCUUUCCACUGCGUGGACUGAUCGAGGAUGUGCGUGCAACGCCUGUGGCAAGCUUCAACAGUGCCACCUCGAAUGAGGCCAGCCAACGGGUCGUAUGCGUCUAUUCAUUGAUGUUUCAUUCCAUUGGCAACUAUAAGCGGCAAUUGCGCUUUUUCCUGCUCGAUAAGGUGCCACAAAAGCUAAGUGCCCUCAUCGAGAUGAUGUACACGUUGACGAAUAUUUGCUUGGAAAAGGGUGUACUCGACCGUCAGGAUCCGGUGGUUGAGAGCUUGCAGCAACGUUGUACCAGUUUCCUCACCUUCAUCGAGGACAUGCAGCAGGAGCGCUUUCAAUUGGCCCGUGAAAACUAUCGACGCCUGCAGAAGCGUAUCCAUCAUGCACAUGGCACUGGAAGAUCGGGAACGCGUGAGCGUUACGAUCUCAAGAUGUUCCUCAACGAUCUGAAGCUCUAUGAGCCGCGUUUGGUGCCCAAGGAGCGACCCGAGAAGCGACGUCAACGUGGCUGGAUUCGUCGACCCAAGCUGGAAAAACCAACCAACAAUGCCCCAUCCCAGACUAGGGUUGCCAUCGAGCCUGCAGCGGAAAAAAUGAAAAUAGAUCCCGUCCUGGAGGUUCCCACCCACAUUGAGUGCGUCCAGUGUGGCGAUUAUCACUGUGAGCCGAGCAGCGAAUACUACGAGCCGAGCUCGGAACAGAAGGAUCAGUUGACCAACAUAUUGGCCCUGUUGCAGGAGCCGCGUCAGGAGAAGCGGGAGCUUCAUCAACAGCUUCUGGAGGCCAUGGAGCAUGUGACCAAGUCGCAGGUUCGCGAAGUUCUAGAUCCACUUGUACGCUCGUUGGGCGCCAUUUUGGACAAAAAGAUGGGCGACCACUUCAACUAAAAAGAGUUAUCCUAUUCCUAUUCCUUGCCCCGAUCCUCUACAUAGGAUAUACGGCCAGGAAUAGACGCAACCAAUAUGAAUCCCCUUUUCAAAACAUUUUCUGACCUUUGCUUUCGGCCUACCAAAUUGUUAAGUAACCUUACCACAAACAUAUUGAAUAUAUAAUUAUGUUCGAGUUGAGUCGUGACUUCAAUAAAGUUAUACAUUUAUCGGAAUUUUCA